AUGGAAAAAGAAAAAUUGGAUGUAAUAGUAGAAUACUGUAAUGCUGCAAUGGAUUCCUCAGCGGAAAACAGUAUGUACGUAAACAAAUUGUGGGUUCAGUGUGAGUAUGAAAGCUGUUUGAAGUGGAGAUUGUUGUCAAGUGAGGAUGCAGCCAGAGUUGAUCACAAUAAACCAUGGUACUGCUUCAUGAACACUGAUUCAAGAUACAAUAAGUGCUCUGUUGCUGAAGAAGACUUUCCUGAAGAGUCUCAGCUUCAUCAAAGUGGAUUUAAGAUUGUCUAUUCACAACUCCCUCUUGGAAGUCUGGUUUUGGUAAAAUUACAGAGUUGGCCAAGCUGGCCAGGGAUACUUUGCCCAGAUCCUUUUAAAGGGAAAUAUGUGACCUAUGACCUGGAUGGAAAUGUUGAACAGUAUCACAUAGAAUUCCUGGGUGAUCCCCAUUCAAGAUCAUGGAUAAAUGCAACAUUUGUUGGACAUUAUAGUAUCACAUUAAAGCUAGGAACAUGUACGAAGAAAAAGAAAUGGUAUAAAAGUGCACUACAAGAAGCAUACCUUCUCUAUGGACAUUCUCACGAGCGAAGACUGGAAGUGUGCCGCCUAUCCAAACAGGAUAAAUCCAAAGCAGAUGGCAAAGUUGCUGUGGUAGCCAAGAAAAGGAUGCAAGUUUCCAGAAACACUACUGGCAAAAAGAAACCAAAAUUUAGAAGAAGGAUAAGGAAACCUAUUUUAAAAUACUCUUUCGAAAGUGUUUGUUCAGAUGACGCCAUGUCAAAGGAAAAUGUGGUUGUCUCUGAGACAGAAGUUUUACUAACAGAGCUGGAGCAAAUGCUACAGCAGGCACUAGAGCCCACAGGAGCGCCUGAUGAGUCUGAAGAGGAGCGUGGAGAAGAAGUGAACACAGGAGAAAAGUUAUCUGAAUGCAGCCCUGAAGUUCCUGCAGGCGGUCCAUUUGAAAACCACUAUGAAGAAGACUGUCUUGUAAUUGAUGGGAUAAAAUUAAAAGCUGGAGAAUGUAUUGAAGAUAUAACUAACAAGUUUAAAGAAAUAGAUGCUCUAAUGUCUGAAUUUUAAGGUAUUAUUGAUAUUUUCAAAAGUUAAUUAUAAAAAGUUACGUGUUUAUAUUUUUCGAAAGUCAAAAACUUGAAAACAUGUAGGGAGAUAGGUAUAUGUUAUACCAAAGUUGCUAUUUGUAACAACUUCCUGUUUUAUGCUUUUAGAAUAUCCAUUGUUUUGAGAGCCAAUCAAAUGGUCUUCAAGUUAGUGUUAAGAUUUAGGAUUUAAAAAAACAAUUUAGCAUUUAAGAAACCCUGAUACUUGUAUUUGUAGAUUUUUUUUUCUUGUUUGCCUUAAUUUUAAAAUGGUUUAUGAAACUUACUGUGCAAACACGUGCUUUACAAUGAUUAUUUAGGCCCUUUAUUCAAAUGUGGCUAUUUAGAUGGCUGUCGAGGCUAUUAUAAUUCUUCCAUAUAAUUCAAGCAUAGUAGAGAUUGAGUAUGUGUAUUGGUAGUGGAAUUAAGCUACUAUAAAAUAAAAGGAAAUAAUAAAAAAAUUAUUGUA